AAUAAACAAGGAAAGAAUGGCAUGUUAUGUUUGUAUACAUCGGGGGUAGUCAACCUUUUUACAUCUACCGCCCACUUUUGUAUCUCUGUUAGUAGUAAAAAAAUGUAACCGCCCACCGGUUCCACAGUAAUGCGCCGUGUAUCGUUGUCUGAGCAUGCCUCUCACGCAUCGUGGAUUGGGUUUUGGGGGAGGGGUGCCGGCUACCAGCUCUGCUUGUCUGUUACAGCUGGGUGGUGUGUGAGGGGAUGCAUGAGCUAUUCUGGGACGAGGCUCUUUUGUUUGCGGUCGCACUAUAGCGCCAUUUAGUUUCACUUAUGUAAUGUGAACUAAACUUAUGCGCGGGCGAUACAAAUAGUAUAUUUUCAGAAAUUUAAAUUGUCAUGGGGAAUUUUAUGAAAACCUAAUGAAAAUGUUUUUAAAUAAUGCUAUGAAAUUUUUUUUAAAAGUCAAUUAAAUUAAAAAAAAGGAAAGUGCUUCAGUAUCGGACAAAACCCCUACCGCCCACCAUGAAAGCUGGAACACCCAUUAGUGGGCGGUAGGGACCAGGUUAACUACCACUGGUAUACAUGGAUGUAUGGAAUGUCUGAGUGGGACAAGGACUCUCUGAACUUACAAGACCUUAAAUAGAUGUGUGAGUUUAAUUUAAGAUAAUCACAAUUCAGUGCUCUUUUACUCUCAAGAUUGUUAGAAACGGCUAAGAGAUGUGGAAUGGGACUGUGAUGGCUUUGGAAGGUAAACAUUGAAACAGUGACUUCUGACAGAAAAGAAGUUAUUUGUGCCUUUCUUGUGUGUUCAUUCAGUUGGUCAAUAAAUAUCUGAAAUUGAGAGCAUGCCUCAAUGCCACACUGGGUUAAACACGCUAACAAAGAGAUGGAGCUGACAAGGCACUAUAAAUUAAGCUAAGGACCCAUUAUGCAGUCAGCAUUGUUUGUGUCCACACUUUAAUGGUAUAGUCUGACUGAAUGCAAAAAUGUUGGGGAGGAAUUAGGACAUGGUAAGCUGUCAGUCUAGUUUGCCUGUUCAACCUGCCCUACUUUGUCCAAUGUUCCACCCUAGGUAACCCUGAUUGUUGUCUUUAUAAUAGGACCGGAUGUUGCUUGCUAAUGUAUACUGGAUGGUCAUUUAUUAGAGAACAGAUUGUCAGAAUGCCUAUAUUUGGACUUGCCAGCAAGAAUAGUUUUAAAAGAUUCAUUUGAAAACCCCUUAGAAUUUGCUGGCUGCUUUUGAUUGUUGAGCUGGGGAAAGAUGCCAGCCUUUGACUGUAAGGGCUGGGCAGUUCAGCCCUUAAUUUACAUUUCAGAUACUUCCCCCUUUACCAGUAUUCAAAUUAGCAGCCUCUUCUUUCUUUAAAAGAAGUAAUGGACAAGAAGAGCAUGUUUAGUUCCUGCUAUGCUCUUGUGAAAGCAACUAAACUGUUUCUACUAGCUGUUAAUUGGCAAGCAGAAAUUUCUAAGGAGAAAAGUGGUGCUACUUGAGGCAACUCCCAUUCAUUGAAGGGGAUGCAUUUAUGAACAAAGCUUGAGGAGUUCCAGAACAGAUACCAGCUUAUUCCAUCCACCAUGAUCCUGGAGAGAAUUAUCUGGAUCUGCAUCACCUUCUGUACUGCAUCUGUUAGACCCCUGGCAGGGAAUAGCUGGAAGCAGGCAGCUGCCAGUCCCAUCAUCCAGCAUAAACCAUUUGUUGUGGUGUGGAAUUUACCCACAAUCAGAUGUCAAGAGCAUUUUGGGGUUAGAUUACCUCUGGAAGUCUAUGGCAUUGUGGAGAAUAAAGGCAAUGUGUUCUGUGGACAAAAUAUGACCAUUUUUUACAAAAACAAGUUUGGACUGUAUCCCUACAUAUCUCCACAGGGUGACUGGCAUAAUGGAGGGAUCCCUCAGAAGGUUAAUCUGAAGAGACAUCUAGAGAAAGCCACUAAGGAAAUCACAGAACUCUUGAACAAUAACUUCCAAGGUCUGGCAGUAGUAGACUGGGAGGAGUGGCGACCUCUCUGGAGAAGAAACUGGGUGCCCAAAAUGGUUUAUAGGGAGGCCUCUAAACAAUGGGUGAGGAAAAGAUUUCGUGGACUCUCUCCUGAGGAGCAAACUCGCUUAGCUAAGGUAGAGUUCGAAGAGGCCGCACGGGUGCUGAUGGAGACUACUCUAGCUCUGGGAAAGAAGCUGAGGCCACAUGGUUUCUGGGGCUUCUACAGGUUUCCUGAUUGUUUCAAUGACAAAUGGGGGAAAGAGGAGAACUAUACUGGCCAAUGUAAUCCGAAGGAGGUCCUGUGGAAUGAUCAGCUCAUGUGGUUGUGGAAGCUCUCCUCAGCCCUCUAUCCCAGUAUUUACCUUCCACUGAAAGUACCAGCUUUGUACCGCCAGCAUUAUGUACACCACCGUCUCGGAGAGGCAUUCCGUGUGGCACAGUUUGGCCCAGAACAUCCACUUCCUGUGUUACCAUAUUCCAGGGUUUCCUACAGGCGUUCUUCAAAGUAUUUAACUGAGGCUGACCUGAUAAAUACAAUUGGAGAAAGUGCAGCACUUGGCAGUGCAGGGGUUGUACUCUGGGGCGACCUCUCCUACUCUCGAUCACUUGAGAGCUGCAAGAGUCUUCACCGUUAUAUCACCACCACACUGGGACCUUAUGUCGCUAAUGUGACUACAGCAGCAAAUAGAUGUAGUCGCCAGCUGUGUCAUGGGAAUGGACGUUGUGUGAGAUGUGACCUGAGUGAAUUAGGAGCCUUUCUCCAUCUGGACCAGCAGCUACGGGAAGGGGACUUUGGGAUAACAGAUUUUCAAGACCAAAAUGUGUCAAUGCAAAAUCAUUUUCAGUGUCAAUGCUAUCCAAAGUGGGCUGGCAUCCACUGUGAGAGGCCACAGAGGAUAGAGUCCUUUGAGAUAUCAAAACCUAACCACGCUUCACACUAUAACGAUGUACAUGAUGCACUGCAUGAUGGUGACUUUGACUUGGAAUCAAAUUUCUGUCCUACCUCCAUUUAUGGUAAACAAAAAGAACAAUAACGAUUUCUCCAAAGCAGCACUUUAUUGAGUAGGAAUCUUGAUAGGUUUUGUUCUAGGGAGUGAAUGUUUCCUGAUAACUUGAAGAGAAUGACAGAAUUCUUGAAUUAUAUUUGGAUAAUUACCUUUCUUUUACCUCAUAUUUUCUCUCUAUUGUCUUUACUUACAUUUAAUCUUAGGACGAACAUGUUCUGGCAAUAGCUGUACCCCCUUGACAAUGUCUUAAUCUUGCCCCAGUUCCUAAGGGAGACAGGCUUAAGUCUUUUGUUGUAUUUGUAUUAGAGUAAAUUUAGCAGGGAAUGUAAUUUAAUGCUACUUUUCUGACAUUACUGGACAGACAGAGGAUGGGGAAAUGAAUUGCCCAGUGAGACUGGCGUUCAGCCACUUCACAUUCUGCCUUUUCUCUUAAUGCUAUGACAACAAGUUGAUGGAUGUGUGCAUCUCUGUAUCACAUCUGCUCUGUCAAAAUUAUUUUUUUCUGUCUUUCACAAAAGCACAUCUUACAAUUGUAUGCAAACAAAGUACCACAUUUUUUGCUCCAUAAGACAUACCUGACCAUAAGAUGCACUCCCGUCUUUGACCUCUGUACGCCCUGUUUUCAGCCUCCCAUGCCCCAUUUUUGGCCUCUGUGCGUUCUGUUUUUGGCCUCCACAUGCCUCAUAUUCAGUCUCUGUGUGUCCCUUUUUUGGCCUCUAUGUGCCCCAUUUUCGGCCUCUGCACCCCCCGUUUUUGGCCUCUGCAUGCUCGUUUUCAGUCUCUGUGCACCCCAUUUUCAGCCUCCAUGCGACCUCUUUUCAGCCUCCUUCGCAGAGGCUGAAAAUGGGGUGCACAGAGGACAAAAACGGCCAAAGGGUGGGGGCUGGUGGGUGGGCGGGGCUUCAGUAAUAUUCGUUCCAUAAGACGCACAGACAUUUCCACUCACUUUUGAGAGACAAAAAAGUGUGUCUUAUGGAGCGAAAAAUACAGUAGGUUGAAAGCACAUCAUUUCAGCUCAUUGUCAGGUUGGAUUCUUUAUUUUUCUCCCAAACUAUUUAUUGGGUUCACUUAACAGAGCACCUCAUGCAAGACUUGGAGGCCUUUUGGUCAUCUCACCGAGUAGAGAUUAUCAAAAGUCCUCCGAGUCUUGCAUGAGAAAGGACAUUCUAUUUUGUCAGCAAAAAUAACCAGUCACUUUAAAAAUGAUCCUUCACAUCUAGUGUCAUGAUGGGUGAUUGAAUAUAGGACGGCGUGAAUUUGAUCAGCAUUUAUUAAUAGUAUCAUCUUAGGACUCUCGCUUGCAUUUUGUGAAGAAAGAAUUAAGAAUUCUUAAGGAAGAAUUAAGCCUAAAUUAAAUGCAAUUAUUUUGAAGCUGAACCGACUAUAUCAGUCCUGCUCUUAUUAACCUUUAAAGGAGAAACAAAGAAUUGCAAACACCAACAAGACUACCUUAAACCAACAAAAUAAUGCAACAGUUGGGAGAAGGCUGCCAAAAGUGAAAGGACCCUGUUGCCCCUAUUUUCAUCUGACCUCAAAAAAUUCACACAUUCUGUUUCCAGAUAUGGUUCCUUCACCACUUGCUACUAAAUAAAUUGACAGAUGUGGGGCUGAGUGCAAUGUUCUCAAGUCUCUCUUAUUGUAUUUUCUAGAACCCAAGUGGAAAGAUUUCUGUUGGAGAUUAUAGAAAGCUGCUGCUGGUCAGAGUCCUAUAGACCAUACAAGGUUCCUUGGACAAAGUUAAGUCAGUACAAGGCAGCUCCAUAUAUUACUUACAGUAUGUUCUUGUGUGCUCGACUGUCUCCCUGAAUAUACUGACUGCUAAUUUUUGGCCUUGUACAACAAGAGAUUAAUCCCCUGAAUGUCAAAUCUCCAGAAAGUCUCCAGACAUCUAAAGUAGAUGUAGAAAUAAAUUUGAUUCAUCAGUACAUUAAUGGACUUUCUAAUUGUGGAAAGACACCAUUGAAUAUGACCUAUUGUAAACUUGGAUCAUAAUCUAUUAUACAUUUAUAGCCAUUGAUACUGUAUUUGUAUGAUUCUGGCCAGUAUUUUUCUGAUUAUAAGAUGCACUUUUUCCCCCCCAAAAGAGGGUGAAACUUUAGGGGCUACUGAAUGUAGCCCCGCCCACCUGCCGGCCCCCACCCGUCUGCCUCCGCACCCUCUCAAAUGGAGCUUUUGGAGGCUGCAAAUGCAACCUCUCAAACAGAGAGCCUCUCAAACAGCCUCCAAAAGGUCUGUUUGAGAGGCUGCCAUUGCAAAGAGACGCUCCUUUGCAAACGGAGCUUUUGGAGCUUUUGGGGGCUACAAACGCAGCCUCUCAAACAGAUGUUUUUUUUCUUAUUUUCUUCCCCCAAAAAUAAGGUGCGUCUUAUACUCCGGAGCAUCUUAUAGUCUGAAAAAUACGGUAAAUACUUUCUCUAAAAUAGUAUAUUCAACAGCCUUCUAAAGGACUGCAAGCUGCAGCCUCGGACAAGAAUGCAUUUCUUUGUAAGAUGCAAUGUGAGACCUAAUUUUCUGAAUUCUCAUUUAGGUUAAGCCAAUAAUUUACUAUAAUUGAUAUAUAAUUGAUAUAUAAUUGAUUAAAUAAGCCACAAUUGGCUGAGUUCACACAUCACCUUAAACUGAGUUCCAAUAAAUUAAAGCAAUACAUGAACUUGACCAA